AUGGAUUCAAUGGAUUCCCUCCGCCACGUCAUACAGUUUCAUCCACUCAUUGAUAAUCAUGCACAUAAUCUCUUGACCCGCGACGCUGCGGCAGACUAUGAGAGCUUUCCACUGGAAUCUAUUACCUCCGAAGCCCACGGUCGGGCCUUGCAGAAUGCCUCAACGACGAUGCCGUUGCUUCGGGCCACCAAGCAGCUCUCGGAGCUCUAUGGUCGUCCCUGUGCAACGUGGUCGGAUGUAGUAGAAGCUCAUUCUGACUGGGUGAAGACUGACUAUGAGGGUUUGAUCCGCCGAAGCUUGGAGGGAACACACGCUCUUCUUCUGGAUGACCUGUUGGUCGACGAAGACGUGGAGCAGUACGCGUGGCAUGAUUCCUUUACGAUCUCCGCAUCCAAGAGAAUCGUGCGGAUCGAAGCUGUGGCGGCUGACUUGCUGCAGCAAAUCAUGAACGCGGAGCGCAAUCCGGAGGAAUCUGUCUGGAGCACAUUUACGAAGAAGUUUGCGGAUGCGCUCGAACACGCCAUGGAAGACCCAGCAGUCGUUGGCUUUAAAUCAGUCGUUUGUUAUCGUACGGGUUUGGACGUGAGCCCUCAUUACUCCGACGAGGAUUCGCUCACGACUUCUCUCCACCGCAUCCUGGACUCGGGCACUCGGAAGUCCGGGUAUCGUAUCGAUGACAAGCCGUUGAAUGACUGGCUGGUCCAGCAGACGCUGAAAAGCAUCACGUUCAAAAAGCAAGCGGGUAUCGUGAAACCUCUGCAAUUCCAUACAGGUCUCGGCGACAAUGACAUUAGCCUGGUUCGCGCAAACCCAGCCUAUCUCCAGCCGCUGAUUGCUCAGUAUCCCAAUGCAGACAUAGUCUUGCUUCACUCCGCAUACCCAUACACACGGGAGGCGGGGUACCUCGCGUGCGUGUAUCCAAAUGUAUAUCUUGACCUUGGAGAAGUUUUCCCGAUGGUCAACAGGCAGGGUCAAGAGACUAUCAUCCGGCAAGCUCUGGAGAUCACCCCGACGAACCGUUUGCUAUGGAGUACAGACGGGCAUUUCCAUCCAGAAACUUUUUGGCUGGCAAACAAACAAUUUCGACAAGCCCUCGAAAAGGUCCUGGUGGAAUAUGUUCAGCAGGAUGAUUACACCAUUUCCCAGGCUACAACGGCCGCCGCCGAUAUUCUUUUCCACAAUUCAAAUCGCCUUUAUGGAUUGAAACUUGAUCCACAGUAUACGCAUCCCGCUUCGAGCACCAUCGUUACCAGCAAGCAACUUCCUCCUGAAUUGCCCCCGGCGUUGUCGACCUUCCUCAAAGCGAACCCCAACCUAGAGUAUGUAUGGGUGCAGUGGCUUGAUUACACAGCAACCCCUCGCGUGCGUAUGUUUCCAAUACCAGAGUUUAUCCGCAUCGCGCUUCAUCAAAGGCGCAUCGGAGUCUCCUUGGCAGUUCUAUCCAUGCUGCAGGACGACACCAUUGUUGCAGGGGGAAAUGUGACAGGACAGCUCUAUCUCGAGCCAGACUGCUCGAGUCUCUACCUUAAUGCGGGGAUGUCAGAAUCCACUGCAUCAAGUGCAAGCGUUAUGACUUCUUGGCGGACGGAAGACAAUAAGCCACUGGAUGGCUGUCCAAGGACGGCGUUGGCAAGCGUCAUUGAUAAGCUCUACCAAGAACACGAGAUCGAUGUGAAGUGCGGAUUUGAAAUCGAGUUGAUGCUCCUCAAGCCAGUCAAAGACGGCGGCGGCAAGGUCCUUGAUUACAAGCCCGCAACAGAAAUUCAUUCUUGGUCACAGAUAACUGCCGACACGAGACGAAUGCUGCCAGUCUUAGAAGAAGUCCACAAGACUCUAGCAGCCAUCGGCAUCGAGCUGCAACAAUUCCACGCGGAGUCUUCACCCGGGCAGUUCGAGUUCAUUCUACCACCUGCGUCGCCACUUCAAGCGGUAGACACUUUGAUCGCUGCUCGAAGAGUGGUCACUGCAGUGGCAGAACGCCAUGGCUACCGAGCCACCCUCCACCCUCGACCGUUCCCCGACGCGACCGGUAAUGCGUCACACACGCAUGUCUCGAUUAGUCGGCCUGAAAAAGACGCCUCUUUCUUAGCUGGGAUCCUGGCACAUUUCCACUCUAUCAUGGCAUUUACUCUGCCUCAAGACAUCAGCUAUGAGCGUGUCCGCUCUGGUAUCUGGGCGGGCUCUGAGUGGGUUUCAUGGGGCUUCCAGAAUCGUGAAGCACCUAUCCGGAAAAUUAGUCCUGGACAUUGGGAGUUCAGACUCAUGGAUGGCCUGGCUAACCCCUAUCUUGCCCUCGCGGCUGUUUUGGCCGGUGGGCUUAUCGGGCUGGAGAGUAGACUGCCUUUGCGCAUACAAGACUGCACAGGUAAGGUUCCCUCUACGAAAAUUGCUCCCAUUUGGAGACUCACCUUGUCAUCUAGUGGACGCCUCUACUCUGACUGA